AUGGACAAUGUAAAGAGAACAUGUACAGUUGACUCAUCUGGCUCGGACUCCGAAAUCGAUCCUGUCCGAAACAAGAAUGAAUUGAGCCAACUAAUUGGAGACGAUCGACCAUUUCACAUACUUGCCUUUGGGGUGUUUGGUUUCAUCCUCCAGAUUUUUUUCUCCAUUGGAAUCUCGGCAUCUCAAGACAUCUUGGAAGAAACUUUACUACCCACUCCUGUUUUGUUAAUCUCUGCCUCGCUGCCUUUCUUCGUAAUUACCUCUGUCUUGCCGUGCUUCGUUUUAAAGUUGUCUCACAAAGCUCUUCUGGUGCCAGUAGUAGGGCUGGGUAUCACCGGCGUGUUGUUAUACGCUCUGGUUGAGGCCGUAUUUCUUCGGGUCACUGGAGUCAUCGUGGUGUCCACUGGGGUCGCCAUUGGCGAGGUCACUUUCGUCUCGAUGACUGCGUUAUACAGCGAUACGGCGAUGAGUUCGUAUUCAGCGGGGACUGGCGUUGGUUUCAUUGCUGGGCCCUUGUACUACACCGGUAAGAAAUCCGGAAAAAAAUCAAUGAAAGGCAAACAAAGGUUGACGCCUAUGUUUGGUUAGAUUCUAAGCCUAGUAUGCAUAUUCUGUUGGCGUGCGAGUCGAUUGAACCCCAAAAAAGUCAACGAACCUUUUUUUUUAUUCUUAUCUAUUUAUUUAUUUAAUUUUUUUCAAACAACGAUCAAUGGUUUUGGUUGAGAUACGAACAGGCCAGGGUAUGAAAUUAUUUCAGUGGCACCGUCACAAAAAUCAAUCAUAUUUUUUAAAAUCUCGCUUCCAGAAACUUGGUUAAAAUAAUUCACCUCGACUAGCUUUUCACCCAAAGGUUGUGGCCAUGAUCUUAUGGAAGAAAUAAUUCAUUUGUAUCACCUGUCCUUUGUAGCUGAUUAUGAAUCAAUCAGAUUCGAAAGAAAACGUUCCGACCAAAUUCAAAUUGUUUUGAAUUUUUUAACCUUUUUUUUGCUUCAAAGAAGGCGAUAGAACAUCAUAAAGUUAAUUUGUCAUGGAAUUUAUUUUUGUGAUAAACUAGUUAUGAAUUUUCCAAUACUCUUCAGUGGAUUGAAAAAUGAAAAUGGAAUUUCUUUCAUACAAUAGAUUGAUGAAUAGAGUGAAAAACUUAUAUUGUUCUUCUUUUUCUGGCGCGAUUGUUUUUACCAAAGCUUUUUUCAUCUCCAAACCAGUCCAGCAGUUUACAGCUGUGUUGGUUGCGGUUCAAGUGGUGUGAUUCUAUCACUAAGUAAAUCUGUUAGAUAAUUUUGUGCACUGCAAGCUUAUAUUUACCAAUCUAACGUACAGAUAGCGCUAACCGCAUCAAUUGUUGUGCAGGUGCUAUUAAACAUUGUCUCUUUACGGUCUGUGUGAUAGAAAAAAAGCGAAGUACUGGGUCCAAAGUUGAAGAUAAGAGCCUGCAUUGUAGGUGUUUUGGGUCAGCUUGAUUCAGAAUCUGCACUGUGUCGCCACAUGCUAAAAAUUAUCCAAAAGAAACCAAAUGAAAACCUUUUUUUACAUUCAUAUCUGAAAUGAAAUUUCCAAUUUGAUGCGAAAAGUUUUAAAAUUGUUAUUUUGAGAAAGCAUUUUAGUUACUUUUUUCCCCCCAAAUUUUUGAAAUGAGGCACUCUAAAAGCACUUGGUAAAAAAGCUCGAAGAAAUUCUCUUUUUUUCACGCACCUCUUACUUUGAUCUUUUCGUAAUAAUUUAUCCAAUUAAAAAAUGACGAAGCCCUUCUCUUCUAAUUGUAAUGUUUUUUUUUAUAGCAAUGACAACUUUAAUUUGCCUGCCUCCGGAAACGACUGUCCUUAUCAUUUCUUGGAUGCCUGCAGUUAUCUUUCCUUUUUACAUCACAAUAGAGAGGAGACGUUUCAAGCCACAGGGAGACAUGAUAAACCAUAAAGAAGUCUCUUAUACCGUACUUACCCCUGAAAAUUUGCCAGUGAAAGAUAACCCAUCUUGCAAAGAGAAAAAAACGUUAAUCUGGCAAAACUCACACCUUAUGUUGGCCUGUUUCGUGGGUUACUUUUCUGAGUUUUUGACUCUCAAUGGCGUUGUUACAACUCUGGCCUUUCCAAACUCUUUUUUCGAUCCGAGGAACCAUUUUGUUUACUACGCAUGUGUGUUUAUGAUCGGAGAAUGCAUCGGUAGAUCUUACCUAAGUAUCCUGUUCAUUGUUAACUCAAAAUGCACGCCUGUUAUUGCAAGAACAUGGAUUUUAUCUGCAGUGCUUUUGGGUUUGUUCAUUUUCUUAACGUUAACGUCGUGGUAUCGCUUUCUCCACAGUGUCUGGAUUGUUUUAUUACUCAUUUUUAAUAUGGGGCUUUUGGCAGGAAGCCUUUACCUCAAUACGUUUCUUGUGGUCACCGGCGGUGAUGACGUCCAAGGCAAGGCGUUUUCGCGCGCUUUUCUCUCGCUUGGACCUAGUACCGGUGUCUUGAUGGCAGGCUUAGUUGGACUCGUACUGGAACCAACUUUAAGAGAACACUGUUUGCAAUCAACAGAAUUAAGAGAAUUUUGUUUUACAAGGUCAAUGGGUGGAUGGAAUAAAUCCACAUCAUGUUUGCGGUAG